UAAUCUGCUUCCCAAUUCCAGAUGAACAGUGAUGCUCUCCAUUUCAAGCAAAAUAGAUAGUAUCUGUUUAAUUGUUGUAAAACACGAGACAUUUAAUUUUAGGGCUGUGCAUAAAGGGCCUUGGGCCCGAUCCAGCCGACUAACCGAUCCGUCCAAUCCGAGCAAAAACGGGUUCAUCGGGUCAAGAGAUAUUAGCGGGUUGUUCUUCAUCGAAACCGUCGAACCCGUUUCCUUCACGCCACUACCCGUAGAAAUCGUAGCCAGUGGCAUUCUUCGUCGUCGUAGACUUUCUGUCACUGCUCCUUUGGCCAGAAAAAGACACAUGCAUACCCUGAAGAGACCCAUCUCACUGCUCGCACGAUCUCCAUUUUUUUCUCCUGCAACGGCUUCAUCGUCUACGAUCUAGUGACCCACUUGGCGAGGGCUAAUCAUCGAGGCAGUGAUGAGGGCCAAUGUAAGAGAUUUUUCCAGUCGGUGUCCCCGAUGGCAAAAGAUUUGCCCAGAAGGAUGCUCUACAAGGACAAGUCUAGAAGCUUCUUGGCGGAGCAAGUUUUGAAAACAGAUCGGAGACAAAAUCCAAAACAUGGGUCAUUCUCAGAAAUCAGAAGCAGAGAGAAAAAAAAAUCCGAUCAUGCGAAGCACUCGCUUCAAUGUCAGAUCAAACCAACAAGAUCCCGGUUCCACCCAAAGCUUCUACUUCCUCCUGAGGUGAAGGUCGUCGACGAUCUCAAGGUGUACCUGCAGAGGCAGCGUGAGUUUGGGAGGGAAGGAGUAGGAGGAAGAGGAAAAGGGGGGACGGACGAUGUGCAAGAGGCAGAGUUUGUAAAGCGUGGGUCUGCAACUCAAAUUAUGAAGAUGAAAUGAUCGAAAGCAAGAAGAACGGGUUCGACCCGACCCGAAAAUUCACGGGUCGAAUCGGAUCUAGUUGAUGCUGACGCACCUGCGGGUCGGAUCGGAUCAUGCCCAAAUCUGGUCGGAUCGGGUCACUGUGCAGGCCUAUUUAAUUUGAUAAUCUAGCUGAUCAACGGUCAACAGAAUGCGAAAUGAUCAAAAUACUUUACACUUUAUUCUAAUUCAAUAGCAUCCGUUGAAAAUUCCUUUGGCUAGCUAUAUAACUUGUUGACAUGUCUAUGAUGUCUAGUACUACUGCAUAUAUGGGUGAAAAGAUCCACCAUUUUAUCACUAA